GCCACAUAAAAAUAUCCUUUUUAUUCUUAUUUCUUUCUCUUUUUCUCCUUUCCUUUAAUUAAUAAUUGUGCGUGUGUGUGUCUUUUCUUAUGCUUGAAAGAAAGAAAUCUGCCAAAUUAAAAAGCUUGUUUCGUCCACAGCAACAAGAGUCAUUAACUUACAAUCGAAAAACUGCUGGUCAGUUAAAAAUAUCUUCUCCCGUACUUCAGCAUUCGUCUUCUAUCUAUUCCCUUGUUUCACCUAUCAGAACCACGUUCUCUAAUUAUGAUCAGCCUAUAUCUCCUUCUCCCCUUUCAAGAAGAAGACCUGAACGCCCUGUGAUUGAAGAAAGUUAUGUGAAAGCCAAGACAUCUGCCAGUAAUCGUCGUCACUCUUGUUCGUCUACCGUAAUCUAUAGUGAUAUUGAGGAUGAUAAAAAACCCAAAUCGACCUUUAAAUGCAAAUUGCGGGAUCGACGUCGCAGUAGUACGAAAAGCGGAAGUUCUUCAGCAGCUGCAUCAGUCGUGUCGAUUGAGCCAUGUAUUAGUAAAUCAACACCACUCUUACAUAAAGUAAAGACAUAUAAUGUUGGUAAAAAAGAAUUGACUCAAGACGAAUUGGAAAAACAAAGAAAGAUGAAAGAAUUGGAAGAUUUAAUCACAAGUCGUCGAGGAAGCACCCUCAAGUUAACAUUGACGCCCAAAGGAUUAUAGCAAACUAUAUAUAUAUAUAUAUAUAUAU